UUCGGCUUCCCACGUGCUUCCGCUUGUCUGCUGGCUGGGAUCCGCUGGGCUCGGGCCGCAGUGGUAAUCUUUCACCAUGCAUCGGAAGAAAGUAGAUAACCGAAUCCGGAUUCUCAUUGAAAAUGGAGUCGCUGAACGGCAAAGGUCUUUGUUUGUUGUAGUCGGAGACCGAGGAAAGGAUCAGGUGGUCAUACUCCAUCACAUGUUGUCCAAAGCAACCGUGAAGGCUCGGCCUUCAGUGCUGUGGUGUUACAAGAAAGAGCUGGGGUUUAGCAGUCACCGGAAGAAAAGAAUGCGACAGCUCCAGAAGAAAAUAAAAAAUGGGACCUUGAACAUAAAGCAAGAUGACCCCUUCGAACUGUUCGUGGCGGCCACAAACAUCCGCUACUGCUACUACAGUGAGAGCCACAAGAUCCUGGGCAACACUUUCGGCAUGUGCGUCCUCCAGGAUUUUGAAGCUUUAACUCCAAAUUUGCUGGCCAGAACUGUGGAAACAGUGGAAGGUGGUGGGCUGGUGGUCAUCCUCCUACGGACCAUGAAUUCACUGAAGCAGUUGUACACGAUGACCAUGGACGUGCAUUCAAGAUACAGAACUGAGGCCCAUCAGGAUGUGGUGGGAAGAUUUAAUGAGAGAUUUAUUCUCUCUCUGGCCUCUUGUAAGAAGUGUCUCGUCAUCGAUGACCAGCUCAACAUCCUGCCCAUCUCCUCGCACGCUGCCAGUAUUGAGGCCCUACCUCCCCAGACCCCGGAUGAGAGUCUUGGUCCUUGUGACCUGGAGCUGAAGGAGUUAAAGGAGAGCUUGCAGGACACCCAGCCGGUGGGCGUGUUGGUGGAUUGCUGCAAGACCCUAGACCAGGCCAAAGCUGUCUUAAAGUUCAUCGAGGGCAUCUCUGAAAAGACCCUGAGGAGUACUGUCGCACUCACGGCUGCCCGAGGAAGGGGGAAGUCUGCAGCUCUGGGAUUGGCUAUUGCUGGGGCAGUGGCUUUUGGGUACUCCAAUAUCUUUGUUACCUCCCCAAGCCCUGAUAACCUCCACACUCUGUUUGAAUUUGUCUUUAAAGGAUUUGACGCGCUGCAAUAUCAGGAGCAUCUGGAUUAUGAGAUCAUUCAGUCUCUCAAUCCUGAAUUUAACAAAGCUGUGAUCAGAGUGAAUGUAUUCCGAGAACACAGGCAGACCAUUCAGUAUAUACAUCCUGCAGAUGCUGUGAAACUGGGUCAGGCCGAGCUGGUUGUGAUUGAUGAAGCCGCUGCCAUCCCCCUGCCCCUGGUGAAAAGCCUCCUGGGCCCCUACCUUGUGUUCAUGGCAUCCACCAUCAACGGCUACGAGGGCACUGGCCGGUCCCUGUCCCUCAAGCUGAUCCAGCAGCUCCGUCAGCAGAGUGCCCAGAGCCAGAUCAGCACCACCGCUGAGAACAAGGCCACAGCGACAGCCAGACUGGCAUCAGCGCGGACCCUGCAUGAGGUCUCCCUGCAGGAGUCCAUCCGAUACGCCCCCGGGGACGCAGUGGAGAAGUGGCUGAACGACCUACUGUGCCUGGAUUGCCUCAGCAUCACCCGGAUAGUCUCAGGCUGCCCCCUGCCCGAGGCCUGCGAGCUCUACUACGUUAACAGAGAUACCCUCUUUUGCUACCACAAGGCCUCUGAAGUUUUCCUGCAAAGGCUUAUGGCCCUCUGUGUGGCUUCUCACUACAAGAACUCUCCCAAUGAUCUCCAGAUGCUUUCUGAUGCACCUGCUCACCUUCUCUUCUGCCUCCUGCCCCCGGUGCCCCCCACCCAGAAUGCCUUGCCCGAAGUGCUUGCUGUCAUCCAGGUGUGCCUCGAGGGGGAGAUUUCUCGCCAGUCCAUCUUGAACAGCCUGUCUCGAGGCAAGAAGGCUUCGGGGGACCUGAUCCCGUGGACGGUGUCGGAACAGUUCCAAGACCCAGACUUCGGCGGCCUUUCAGGUGGAAGGGUUGUUCGCAUUGCUGUUCACCCGGAUUACCAAGGGAUGGGCUACGGCAGCCGAGCCAUGCAGCUGCUUCAGAUGUACUUCGAAGGCAGAUUCCCUUGUCUUGAGGAAAAUGUCCUUGAGACGCCACAAGAAAUUCACACCGUCAGCAGCGAGGCCGUCAGCUUGUUGGAAGAGGUCAUCACUCCUCGGAAGGACCUGCCUCCCUUACUCCUCAAACUGAACGAGAGGCCUGCUGAGCACUUGGAUUACCUGGGUGUGUCCUAUGGCUUGACCCCUCGGCUCCUCAAGUUCUGGAAACGAGCUGGGUUUGUUCCUGUUUAUCUGAGACAGACCCCGAAUGACCUGACUGGGGAACACUCAUGCAUCAUGCUGAAGACACUGACUGAUGAGGAGGAGGCUGACCGGGGAGCAUGGCUCCCCGCCUUUUGGAAAGACUUCCGAAGGCGGUUCCUAGCCCUGCUGUCCUACCAGUUCGGCACCUUCUCUCCCCCCCUGGCUCUGAACAUCAUUCAGAACAAGAACAUUGGGAAGCCAGCACAACCAGCGCUGCGCCGGGAGGAACUGGAAGCGCUCUUCCUCUCCUAUGACCUGAAGAGGCUGGAGAUGUACUCACGGAACAUGGUGGACUACCAUCUCAUCAUGGACCUGAUCCCGGCCAUCUCCCGGAUGUAUUUCCUCAACCAGCUGGGGGACCUGUCCCUGUCCGCUGCCCAGUCAGCUCUUCUCUUGGGAAUUGGCCUACAGCAUAAGUCUGUGGACCAGCUGGAAAAGGAGAUCGAGCUGCCCGCAGGCCAGCUGAUGGGACUUUUCAACCGGAUCAUCCGCAAAGUUGUGAAGCUGUUCAGUGAGGUGCAGGAACAGGCCAUCGAGGAGCAGAUGGCGGCAGUGAAGGACGUGGUUAUGGAGCCCACUGUGAAGACCCUCAGUGAUGAUUUGGAUGAGGCAGCGAAGGAAUUCCAGGAGAAACACAAGAAAGAAGUGGGGAAGCUGAAGAACAUGGACCUCUCUCAAUACAUAAUCCGUGGGGAUGACGAAGAAUGGAAUGAAGUUUUGAACAAAGCCGGGCAGAAUGCCUCCAUCGUCAGCCUGAAGAGUGACAAGAAAAGGAAGCUGGAAGCCAAACAAGAUCCCAAACAGAACAAAAAGUUGAAGAAAAACAGAGACAUGAAGAACAAAAAAGAUCUGAAACUGAAGCGGAAGAAAUAG